AUGGAGAGAGAGCUGAGCCCUGAGCGCCUCCCUUUCCGCCGCAUGGUGGCUGCGAGGGCGGACAAUCUCACUGCCCUCUCUCGUGCGUUGCGUGGGAUCGUGGGUCUGCUAGGGCCGCAGCCCCUGGGGAUCGCGUCUAGCGCUCCGCCCAAAGUCGACGCAGUGAGGGAAGCGCGCCCAGUGUUUCAGGAGACGUGGAGGGAGCGAGCCGGCCCUGAGCCCACCCACAUUGCACUGUCCCCCGGCUCCCUGGCGGGACUACAGCAGCCCGGACCACGGCGCCUGCGCACUAAGCCACCCCGCCACCCCGCCACCCCGCCACCCCGCCACCCCGCCACCCCGCCACCCCGCCACCCCGCCACCCCGCCACCCGCCACCCCGCCACCCCGCCACCCCGCCACCCCGCCCGCGGCGCCUCCACUCUGCGCCUGCGCACUGGGCCGCCCCGCCCCCGCCGCUACGCUGCGCCUGCGCACUGGGCUGACGCGGGGCACACGUGGGCGGGGCCGAAGCACCCGGGUCCACUGCCCGCGGACCCGGGGGGUGGAGGCCACGCUGACGCCGGUGGGGCAGGACCGCGGGGAAGCGGCCUCGGAGGCCUGCGAACUCCCCGAGGACCGGCACUCCCCUCUGCGGGUGGGGCGCAGGGCGCUGAAGGGUAAGCGGCGGGUUCCGCCGGCCCCGGGGUGCGGAUGCCUGUGCGCCCCCCCCCCACCGGGCACUGUGCCCUUCGCCCCGGGGGACGGGGCCGAUCGGCGGCCUCCGGGGCGUAGACCCGGCGCCCGGCAACUCCCUUCUCUGGGCGGCAGCGCCUGGAGGUGGCCUCAGGGUCACUGGUACCCCGGGCUCCGCUGA